AGACACGUUCCAGAAAAAUAAUGAGAGUAGGACGCGCUGACAGGCUUUCGAGACACGCGUCAAUAGCUGUGUCACAUUACAACGACACUCCCGUAGUUACCGGUGUGAAGUUCUCUCCAUUCCCGCCCAGUCUGGGCGGGGCACGCGCUGGAAUGUGGACGAUCCUGGAACUUCUUCAGGCUGUCCUGCCUCCAAAAUCCUUAUAAGAGGCGAGGAGUGGAACAAGCAGUGCAGCUGUGCAGCGCGAGGAAGUCUCCAAACGUUGAAAGCAACGAACGACAAGGAAGGAUGGAGAUGGAGUCGGGUCGUCCUCAGAAUGUGGCAGAAAACAGCACCCCUCUCCUUACCUCAGUGCCACCGGAGCUGAGGCUGGUGCUGUUGGGUCGGUCGGGAUCAGGGAAGAGUGCUGCAGGGAAUACGAUUCUGGGUGUGGAGGCCUUUGUGACCAGUGACAACAGCAGGGUGCCUGUCACUCAAGAGUGUGAGAAGAGGGAGGGCGCAGUUGCUGGGCGGAAGGUGGUUCUGGUGGACACCCCUGACUUUUUUUAUUCAGAGCGCCCUUUGGAGGUAGUCCAGCACCAGAUUGCAGCAUGCAUGGCCCUCUCGUCCCCGGGGCCUCAUGCGUUCCUCCUGUGCGUCCCUGUAGACCGACCAGCGGGUGUGGAGGUGCAAGUGCUGGAGGCUGUGGAAGAGGUGUUUGGCCCCGGUGCUGUAAAGAAGCGCAUGCUGGUGCUCUUCACUCACUUUGACCGGCUGGGUGAGAGCGACGCGGUCGAGGAGCAUAUCAUUUCCCACCGUCGAGAUCUGGUGGCUCUGACUGAGAGCUGUGGGGACCGCUACCACAUGCUACAGAGGGCCAUGGGAGAGAUGGGGGAUGAGAUCAGCAAAGGCAGUGUGGAAUCUCUGCUUGAUAAAGUGGAUGAGAUAGUGAGAGAGUGCGAGGACACACAUCACUGCUGCAGUCCGCCAAGGGAGGUAGAAAAUACAGUGAGACAAGGGCAGGAGGAUGCAGUAAGGGAACGGCAAAGAGGAGCAAGGAAGGAUGAACUUGAGCUGAAGUCUUCUUCAUCGCUACAUUCGGAGAAAAAAGUGGGGGAAGAGAGAGACCAAACUCAGGAGGAGGGUGAUGAUAGUGGGGACGAGCUCUCACCUGCCACCGUUGCUUCUCUGUCAUCGUCCCGCAACGUCUCCAUGCUCCGCUUCAUCUGGGAGACGGUGAUGUCAUUCAUGUGGAGACUGCCCAAGCUAAUCAGGCUGGAGGCCUUUAUGGGGGCAGUUAUUGGCCUUUUCGUGGGGGGACCUUAUGGAGGAGCGCUGGGCACAACCGUAAGCUCUGUGGCGACCGAAGUGGGGAAGCGCAAGGGCACUAAACAAAAAUAAAUGUCUGCCUGUCAACAAUGCAUGUCCUUUGCAGCAAAUGUGUAAAUGUAUUUUAGGUAUUAAAUGCUGGACUUAUUCCACAUGUAUGGGUGCCUUGAGUCACUGUCACUUUAUUAUUGCUAAAAGUCUGCAGAAUGGCUUUUCUAAUGGAUUCACGUUACAUGCUUUAUUAAAAACAAACUUUAAGGGUUAAAGAUGACUUUAUGGUGACUUGGUGUGAUUAUGCGUCAUCUGGGUUUACGUGUUACAUGCUGUAUUAAAGACAAU